AUGGCCAAAACUGUCCAUAUUUUGCGGUGGAAUCACGAGCAUCCCAGCUUGCUUCAAGCUGUACACGCGCAGUCCAAGAAGAAGAAAGACAAGAAGAAGAAGAAGAAGAUUGUCGUAGUCGAAGAAUCCGAGACAGAAUCCGAGGAGGAGGAGGUGGUUAUUGUAAAGAAAAAGAAGUCCAAGAAGGCUGCAGCCACUACCAGCGCCGCCCCUGCCCAAGAAGCUGAGCCAGAGAAAGUUGAGGAGCCCGAAAAGGCCCCUGAGAUGAUCCCUGCAUCGUCAAAGAAGGCUAAGAAAGCGGCCGCUAAGAUAGCGAAGCAAGCGGAGGAAGAGGCAAAAGCGCCCGAGCCAGAAGUGAGCGAAGAAGCUGACGAAGAGCCCGAGAAAGAGACAGACGAGCCCGAGGCUGCCCCCAAGAAGAAAAAGAACAAGAAGAAGAAGAAAAAGGCGGCAGUCAAGGAGCAGACCCUCCCUGCUGGUACAGUUAUGGGAACGACUGAGCACAUCACCAAGGAGGCAUUCGAGGCCGAUGACGAGUGGGAGACAGUCAAGUCAAAGCAAAAGAAGCCCAAGGAAAAGGUUAUUGAGGAGGCUACUAUCGAUGAGAGUGGUAGCACCGCCACUAUCAACUGCGGCAACCACGUGCUGGCCAUUAUUGGCCCUAAGGGCUCAGUGAUCCAGGAGAUCCAGAGCAGCACUGGAGCCAAGAUUGAUCUGGACCGCAGCUCUAACGACGCCACCAUCACUGGAGAACCCGACUGUGUCAAGGCGGCCGUGAACCGUAUCGAGAAGAUCGUUGGCGACGCGCAGAAGCUGGUUGACAGCCGACAACAAGUGGUGAUCGACCUGCAGGACAAGAUGGGAGCCGUUAUCGGCAAAGGAGGUGAGAACAUCAAGAGCAUCCAGCAAGACUCAGGUGCACGCUUGGAUAUCGACAAGGACACCAACACCAUCACCAUCGGUGGUCAACCUGCCGAGGUCGAGGCCGCGCGGGUUGCCGUGAUGCUGAUUAUGGAGCCCCCUCCCCCGGAAAGCACGUACAGACGCGAGAUUGAGACGCGCAUGAUCAGUGCCGUGGUGGGUAAGAAGGGUGUGACCAUCCGCCACAUCCAGGACACGACCAACGCCAAGAUCGACAUUGAGCGCGCCGCCAAAUCCUUCUGUGUGAUCAGCGGUGACUCCACAGCGGUGAUGCAGGCCUCCGAGAUGAUCAGCAAAGUGAUCGCAGAGCACUCGUGCUUCCACUCCAUGGACAUCAGCACCGACGAUGUGCGUCUGCUAAUCGGUGAAGGAGGUGCCACCAUUCGGCAAUUGCAGGCCGACACCGGCGCGUUUUUGGACAUUGAUCGUGACCACAGUGGCAGCGGUACUGAGGUCAUCCGCAUCAGUGGAACCCAGGACGCCGUCAAUGCAGCCAAGGCUAGUAUUGAGAAGACGCUCUCGGAGCCCCCACCCCUGCCCAAGCUCUCCAAGGGCGAGGUUCUUGAGGAGAUUGACGUAGGAACGGCUGUGGGUAACAUCAUUGGUUCAGCAGGAGCCAACAUCAAGAAGUUACAAGAGCAGACCGGUGCCAAGAUCGACAUCCCUCGUGGCCUGACCUCGUGCCGUAUCUACGGUGAGAAGGCAAAGGUUGCCGAGUGUGUGGAGAAGGUGAAGGAGAUCGUCGAGAAGAGCAAGGAGUUGGAUGCCAAGAAGGCCGAAUACGAAGCUAAACUGGCUGAGCAAGCCGCCUCGUCGAAUCAGACAUUCACUCCCGACGCUGACGUUGAGGCGAGUUGGGGUGUCGGUGGCAACUGGGGAGGAUCAGAUCCCGAGGGUUGGUGAUAGCAUUAAACGCGCAUACUUUUGCGCAAGGAAGACUAUAGGAUGUGUACAGUGCACGGAGCAGAUCUGGACACACCAAUUGCAAACAACUACAUAUUAGGCCUUGAGGUCAGUUCUUUUUCAGGAUUGGCCUUGGGUUAUUAGUAGUGAACGGCCAUCCCAUACUGUUCCUCUAUCGCAGUACGUGCAUGCGUGCCAUGGAUACCAUGGGAAGGGAGGUAGAUUGGGCUUCCUUUGUGCCGCCUUUCCUACUCGUCGGUCAGUGGCGGUGUACUAUACCUGAUGCGUGAAGUUUGUAUGUGCAAGUAGCACGCGCUGAAACGUGUGUUGUUUACACCAAUACGCUGGACCUUCGAUUUUAAAGUACGUCUGAGUGACAGGUUGCAUGGAUGGGCUUGGGUCGAGCUGUGGUCACCAGAACAAGGUUAGAUGUUUAGGGGCAUGGUUGCGCAGACAAGCGACGACAUGUCGCCGUUAAAAAUGCGGCAGUGAUCUACUCGAGAGACAAGAAUCGAAGACAGAUAACACUGACCACACUUUUGACGCAUUUGUAUAUUAGUAAAAGUAAAAACUUUUUGAAUUUUGCAUGUCUAAGAACAACCAUUGGUCAACUUCUAAAACCAACCAGAGUUGUCUGCUUCUACUAAUAAUUAGCUUCUUAUGGCAACACUAUGCACAGCAGGCUGAUUGUAUAUAAUUGUCAACCAAGUUUAUAGUCUAGGAAUUGUCACUUCUUUAUUGGGCGCACAAUAAUGUACUAAGUCGUUUUGUGAAUCUAGUGGAUUUUACAGCAAGCCGAGACCAGGAGUAUGGUAGCGUCACGGGAUAAAUUGAUAUAUUCUGUAGACAAUGGAAACAUGGUAGUUUCAGGUUGCGAAUGAAAUAUUACGAUAGUUUGAACGUUAGCUUAAUCCGACCCUUGAAAGAAAAAC